CAAACUGUCAGUCGCGGACUUCUUUUGAACGCUCUCGAUGGUGUUCCAAAUAUCUGUCAUCAGUCACGACUGCACGACAAUUGGUCUAAACUUGUAGCUCACGCAGGUACAGGCUCCUGCUGCCAGCCAGUCUUUCCGGAUGUCCAAGUACAAAGUCUUUGUCAUGAGGCAUGGAGAAGGGGCCUGGACCAAAGAGAACCGCUUCUGCAGCUGGGUGGACCAGAGGCUGAGUGAGGAUGGGGUAAAGGAGGCCCUAGCGUGCGGUCACCUCCUAAGAGAGGCAGGCUACCACUUGGAUGUGGUCUUCACAUCCCUGCUUAGCCGCUCCAUCCACACAGCCUGGCUGCUACUAGAGGCCAUGGGGCAGGAGUGGGUCCCAGUGGUGAAAUCGUGGAGGCUGAAUGAGCGCCAUUAUGGUGCUCUGAUCGGGCUCAACCGUGCCGAGAUGGCCCUAAACCACGGCGAGGAGCAGGUGAAACAGUGGAGGAGGAGUUACGACCUCACGCCGCCGCCUAUCGACAAAUCACACCCUUACUUUUUGGAGAUCUACAACGACCGGCGGUAUUCUACUUGCGAUAUUUCUAAAGAGGAUCUCCCUAAGUCGGAGAGCCUGAAGGAUGUCUUAGAGAGGCUCCAGCCAUACUGGGAUGGCACCAUUGUGCCAGAGAUCAAACAGGGGAAAUCGGUGCUCAUCUCUGGGCAUGGGAAUAGCUGCAGGGCACUGCUGAAACACUUACAAGGUAUAUCAGAUGCUGAUAUCGUCAACGUGACGUUACCCACAGGAACACCCAUUCUGAUUGAGCUGGAUGAGAACUUCCGGCCCACCAAACCCAUGCAGCUCCUGGGAGACCAGGACGCCAUCCAGGCAGCCAUCAGGAAGGUGGAGGAUCAGGGGAAGGUCAAACAAACACCCUGAUUGGCCUGAAUCUAGUCAACUGGAUUCUAGUCAUUCUAGAUUAAAAAAUCUAGCGAACUGAAUUAUAUUCAUUAUACAUAAUAGUGAUUUGCAGAAUCUAAUCAACUGUAUUCUAGUCAUUCUGGAGUAGAUUCUAGAAUCUAGUCAACUGGCUGUAAGACUAAUAUACGAAUUUGCCCAAGCCUGGGCUAGCACUUAUUUAGUUGUCUGUUAUGCACCAUUAAUCAGAUUCACUCAAAGCUGAAUUCUUGAUUUAAUUAAAUCAAUAUUAAGUGCAUGCUAUUGUAGUCAGUAAGUCUCAGUGAAUUGACUAUAUACAUAAUCGUGGUAUGAACUUAACUCAGGCUACCCUAUUGGGUGCAACAAGGAAACAAAAUAAUAUUGUUCAUACAGAAAUAAGUGGUGUGCUGAAGGGAGUUACAUUAACAGGCACAUUUAUCAUUAACAAGCAUAUUUGGUAAAUUGGCUGACUAAGUGUGUAUUGAGGCAUUUUGCCAUGAAAGGAAUAGCAGCACGUGAAACCAUCAAAUGUUCCUUUAAAAAAAAAAAAAUUUAAACCUCUGUCACGUGCCUUCACUGCCAUUAUUCUCAAUUUCAGUAGGAUUUUGCGAUGCAAUUUUGUUAGUUCUUACAAGUGAAUUAUGACUGACAGAAUACAGAAUCUAGCAGUAGAAUAUGAACCAGCACUUAACAGGUACAAAUUGUUAUUUAUCAAGAAACUUUAAAAGCACUUCAUAACAAGUAUUACCUCAUUGAGACUGACAGUCAGGCUAUUCAUUCCAAGACCGGUCAGUGAUUGUGUGAUCAAAGCUUCUUUUAGUACAUUAAUGCUGUAAAUGUGUUGUUGAAAAAGAUCGGUCAAACUUGAUAAGAACAUGUCCGCUCAUAUGCUACAUGCUGGUUUAAGAGAAGUUCAUAGUUCACACCCUCUUCACACCAAAUUCAUUAACAGCCAAUCGUAUCCAUUUAUUGUUGCUUUUUUUUAUCCAAAAGAUUCAAGUCAUUCAUUUGUAAACUUGGAAAAGAGGGAACAACCUCAUAAUAUAACAGUGUUCUUAAUAAGUCCCAAGUAAAGGAAGUGGAAUUGCUUCGCAAACCUUCAUAUAUUCUCUCUGAGUAAUAUUAACCUGAAAUUUACCAAUGUACUCAUCGAACGGCAAAAACUCCCCAGUGUCGUCUACCAAAUCACAUACAAAAUUAAUACCCUUGUCAAGGCCUUUGAAAAUGGAUUUCCUAUUAAUUUAAUAACUCUAUUAUUCCAAAUCAAUGUUUUGUGGGGGGAAAAAUUGUGCUUGAAAAUCAUUUUCCAGAAAAACAACAUUAGCUGGUGAAAAUAGACAAUUUCACAGGUAAUUUGAGGGUCAAAAUCACAGUUCUUUAGGAAUUCAAGUCCACCAAGUUUAUUAAACAGACUGUUAGGGAUAUGAUACCACAGAGGUAGGAUAAGACAGACAUAAUAUCAACCAUUUAAUUAUUAAAGCAACCAUUAAACGAAUCAAAAUCAAUAUCCUGUAAACCUCUACGAUCAUACUAAUUGUGAUUUCUGAAUAUAAUGUUUUAUUCCGCCAAACAAAUCUAAAUAUAACAGAAUUAACUUUUUAAAAAUGUUAUUAGAAGAAAUAAUUCUGGGACUGACUUGGGUAAAUGGUUCUAGAUAAACCAUCGAUCUUGGACAAAAGAAUUACGACCCAAGAUUGAGAUAUCACAUUGCUGCCACGGACUUAAUGAAACUCUCAUGGAAUUAAUCCUAUUAUUAUUAAUCCUAUUAUCGAUGUUUAAAGAUUCUCUAUCUGAAACGUUUUUAGUGAUAACAAUUCCUAAAUAUUUAACUUCCUUUUUAACAGGCAAUGUUGACGGAGUCACAGCAAAGAAUUGGCAUGAGAUCACAUUUGUUAAGGUUGAGAGUCAACCCAGAGGCCAUAGAAAAUGUCUUGAUUAUGUCAAUAGCCAAGGGAAUAGACGCUCUAUCCUUUAGGAAAAGGGCAGUAUCAUCUGUAAAUGGACUGAUAUUUAUAGCUUUACCAAAAAUACGGAUUCAUUUUAAAUUCUCAGAUUCGUUUAGAAAUAUGGCUAGUAGAUCUGUGGCUAAAAUAAAGAGAUUGGACAACCCUGUCUAAUUCCUCUAGCAAUAGAGAAACAAGGGGAUGUACCAUUACUAAUAGCCAGCGAACUGCUGGCUAUAUUGUACAUUAUCCUUAUCACUUAACAGAAAUCCUAGAGAGUUCUAAGUUACAAGUUGUUCGAAAGUGCCCAAAAGCAUUUAAAAAAAUCUAAAAACAAUAUAAAUCUAGGUGAAGAGAGUCCUUCUUUGGUUUGGGUAUAAGAACUAUUAGUCCCUAUCACAAAGGAGGUGAUAAGAUAGCAUUAGCAAUACCCUCUUUGUAGCCCGAAAGCAAUGACUCUCUAAAUCACGCCAAAAAUGUUGAUAGAAUUCAGGAGUCAUGCUAUCCGGUCCAGGAGAUUUACCUAUAGGCAUUUGUUUAAUGGUUUAGUCCAACAAAGUAAUAUCUAUAUCAGAAUCACAGAGUUUCUUAAACCUUUCUUCUAUAGGGUUAACAGAGUUAUGAACUGAAUCAAAAAAGGAAUUCAAGUCGCCUUCUGAAAGAUGAGAUUGAUAUAGUAAAGUGUAGAAAGAGUAUUUUCUUAUUAAUCACUUCACGAUCAACAGAGAGUGUCAUUUACAUAAAUGGGUGUAAUACUAUUCCUAGUCUGCCUACUCUUCUCCAAAUGAAAGAAAUAAGAUUUUUUUUUCUUCACCUUUUUCAAUCCAUUUGGCCUUUGACCGGAUGAAGGCACCCUGUUCCUUUUUCAUUCUUCAUUUAAAUCAAGUUUAUUGCUCAGCCUGUUAAUUUCAACAUCUGCUUGGAUAAUCUUUUCUUAGCAUUUUACCAGUAGUGAUGGCAAGACAUUGAUUUCUGAAUGUAAUAAUUUCCCAUUUGUUAGUAGAAGAAAGAGCAGGAUCGAGACAGGUCCCUCUGAUAAGAGCUUUAGACUGUAAACAAAAUGGCUCAUUCUUUAAAAGAAAAUAUGCUUUUGAAAAUCUCUUGUCAUUAUCAAAAGGAAAGAAUAAUGGAACAAUGGCCUGUCAGAGGAUCUGAGGAAAUACCACAUUCACUGAUAAGAUUGAUAAGAUUGGAAGAUACCAACCAAUGAUCAAUUCUAGAUUUGAAUUGUCUGUCGCUAGUUAUAGAGUUGAACCAAGAACAAUGUUCUAAAGUUGGAUUCUGUGAACGCCAAAUGUCGGAAAGUUGGGAGCAGAAAUGUAGAAUUAAGUUAUUAAAACAAUGGGCUGAAUGCCUGAUGGGAUACUUGUCCAUCCAGUCACGAGGAGCAACAUUAUAAUCACCUCCAGCAAUAAUGUUAUCUGUGGAAUAUUUGUUUUCAAUUCAAUUAAGACUUCACUAAUAGAUGUUAGAAGAAUGACUAUGUUAUAACCAUAAAUAUUUACCAAUAUGUAACAUGACCCUUUUUUAAAUAUUUGAAAACAUUAGUUAUCCAGUGACCCUCAGCAUCACACCUGCUUUCUUAAACUGUACCUGGAAACUGUCUGAAAAGUAUUCCCACACCAGCAGAAUGAGAUGAGCCAAGGCAAAAAUGAUCUUGUCACCCCAUUGUGAAGUCCAAAAUUUGAAGUCCGCAUCUGAGGAACGUGUCUCUUGAAAAAAAAAAAAAAACAAUUGGACUUUUUAAUGAAUCUUUACAAAAACAAAAAUUGCCUUUGGUACGUAAACCCCUGGUGUUCAAUUGGUACGUAAACCCCUGGUGUUCAAGAAUAAAAAGCAAAGAAAUGUUGACGAGCAGAGUAUCCGAGAUAGAGUUGUCUAGAAUAAACAAGGGACCCUGAAUAUAGCAUAAGCCCUUCAAAAAUGUACUUGACGAACAGUAACUACCAUAAAAGGAAAAUAAAUGGAUAGACCGUGUAAUAACACAUAUUAUAUUAAUAGUUUAGAUCUUCAAUUAAAAACUCUCAAACGUAAAAUAAAAGCAUCUGACAGCUAAUCAUCGCCAUAUGAAAAAUAAAUGGAGAUUUACUUACAUAAUAUCAAUCUUGAAACCAAAUUAAAUGACUAAAAGCUAACUGAUUUCUUAGUAUGCCAUCAAAUGAGAAUCAAAAAUCAGUGUGCUUACGUUGGUCAAUGUUCACAUUCAAAACUCGCCACUACGGACAGUAUGGCCCUAUGCAAUAUCACCUAUAUGCGGUGUUCAGAUAAACGAUUGCAUGAAUAAACUCACCAGUUGAAACGGUAUAUGGCUUCAUUAGCCUACUACUGUAUAAGCAGGCCAACUCAUGAAGCAUAAAUCAGUCACACGUGGCUCCACCCUGCGGUCGUCAAUGACAGCAAACCCCUCGCGAAAGGAGGCUUUUUUUUUCUCCCUGCGUCUUGCCCCCAUCGACUUGUGGCCACAGCCUCGCAUGGGCAUCCCUGUCGCGCUUGCUGAAAUCUUCUGCAAAGCGAGUGCCUUUCUCCCUGAAGAUCGGCGCAAGUUUGGCAGCUCUCCACACCUCGUAUCUCACGUUCCUCAACGCAAACAUCAUGAUGACUUUGUCGGUCUGUUCAUCUCCUUUCUCUUAUCUUUACAGCGAUGUUCAGGAUAGCAGGGGGAUAUGGAACAACCUUCCCAAUAAUGUCAAUCACAAUCCCUCUGAUAUUCUCACCAUCAGUUUCAGGUAGCAUGUUCAGUCUCAGCCCCCAUUGGCGCUUGUAUCGGUCCUGUUCAUCACUGGCUGUGCGCAGCUCCUCGCUUUCUUUUGUCAGGGCAUCAACUUUAUUUUUCAACAGCUUCACAUCAGUGGUAAUAUCCUUAAUGCCUGCUGCAUUAAACUCUGUAGUUUUGUGGGGUUUCGGAGGGGUUAUUUGGACACCUGUACCGAAAACUAAUUCCUCCAACCUCGGUACCGUUAAUUCUGGGAGAGUGUCAGAAUCUUCCAUAUAGAUGACAGUAUCUACUUCGGUUACGACAGCUCCCUCUACAUUUUUGCUAGCUUCCAUCUCAGCUAAUGUUACUAGCUAGCUAGUCUUGGCUGAACUUGCUUGAAGUAUAACAAAGUGGAAAAGUGAUGUUCGGUAAACCAAAAAAAAGACAGCAAAAAUUCAGAGCAUCAAUGUUGUUGAGAAAUGUAGCAAAACUUUUGUAGUUCUCGAUUGAUAAUGUUGUCUUACACUGCGGUACACAGGACUAUCAAGACAUACUGAGCAGCUCACGUUAUAGACAGAAGCAUGCUACAUGGCAGACCAAUCCAAACUCAUCUCCCGGCAUGUCCAGCCCAUCCAUUAUCUCAGCCAGUGAAAGUAUUCUUAACAUAGUUUAGGUUAUGUGAACAGCACUGCAUUUUCAAUUGAAUACAGUGCUACUAAAUAUGUUUUAGAUUUGUACAUUAUUUGGAUACUAUUAUUCAGGGCCGGUCCUGGCUGUUCUGGCACCCUAGGCGAAACAAAAAAUGGCCGCCACUACAAGAAUAAUCCCAGUAAGCAACAUUAAGUUGAAAAAACAUCUAAAAUAAGUAUUUUUCAAGACGUUGAAGUUGGGUUCAAUUUAAGCUCUGAAUUAAAGUUUAAAAUAGGUAUUUUAUGGAUGUUUAAAUCAGGUACAUUUUUGGUUCUGAAUGAAACCAUAUGUCCACACAUUGUGUGCAGGCCAGUGACAGAAAUCUAAAUUCAAUACAUUUCAAAUUCAGACUAACUCAACAAAAUGUGGAAAAAUUCAAGGGGUGUGAAUACUUUCUGAAGGCACAUUGUUUGUGGCGCAUUGAAGGCGCAUUACUGUGAUGUUUUUUUUGUGUUUUUUUUUUACACAGGGAAGAUACUUUGUUAGUGUGUCUCAUUUUGUAUUGUACGUCUGUCUGUCUGAUAUAUUUUUUUUAACGUUCUGUCCAUCUGUCAUAAUAACCAUCGUAUUUGUUGUUGUGGUCUUCAGGUCAUUAGGGAAAUGAUGACUAAUAUUAUUAGUUCAUCACUAAAACCAUAAAUGUGUAAAUAUAUUGAUACUACAAAAUACUGUAGUCAUGUCCUGUAAUAUUUUCUGUAAUGUAUUAUCCCCACGGUUAUACUAAAUGUUCAGUGACGACAUUAAGUAUUAAACUUAGUUUGAAAACUUGA